UCUAGGUGAGUCAAAAGCAGCCCUGAACCAGGAAGUUAGGAUGCCGUGACAGAGAGUGGUAGGCACAGGGAAAUGGGCAACACCACCUCACAAUGGCACUAUGUCUGCUGUCGCUAUCUGUGGUAACACCAGGAGAAAAGGCUGCAGGGAAAUGAGGCCAACGUCGUCACUCCUGUUGCUGUUGGCUCUGACAGCCUGCCUGGCUGGGACCGUGUUCUGCCAGGAUGAGGAAGACGCAGGCGAUCCUGACGAUACAGAACCAAACGAUGAGGGCCAUGAAGAAACGGACGCUGGCGAUGACACUUCCACACAAGAUCCACCCACAUCAUCUGUUCCUUCAGAAAAUCCUGAUGAAGAUGAUGCGACUGGGCGUACUGUGGAGCAACCUGAAGAGGUUUCAGAAAACGAUAACAGCACGUCCAGUGAAGAAAAUGAGGAAGAAGAGCUGAGUCCAAUUUUCAUUGCGAUCCCGGUUGUUCUGGUGGUUGUGAUAAUCACGAUGAUUGUGUGCGGAUUUAUUAUCAACCGCAGGUGGAAGCAAAAAGAUAAGAGCAAAUCCGAUCACAAUCGAUACCACGAGGAUAAAUAUCUGCAUGAUAAUGGGACAGAAAAAGUUCCAAUGCCCAUGUUUGAGGAUGAUGUUCCCUCUGUGCUGGAGCUAGAAAUGGAAGAUCUGGAACAAUGGAUGAAUAAAGACAGUGGAGUUCGGACGGACUCUGGACAAGGGAUGUAGCGUGAGAUCAUGGCUACUCCCCGAGGACACGGAGUUAUAGACUGUCACAUUUCCCUCUGGACGGGCCCUGUACUGUACUGCCUGUGACAAAGGACGCUUCCCCAUUGCAGGAAAGGACAUCCUGUUACCCUGGCAGCGCUGUGGGAGACACAGAGUCCGUGUCAAAUGUUUUCGCACAAUGUCAGAGCAACGUCAGAGCAACGUCCUCAACAACUGCGUUGGCCUACGUCUGAAACAGAAAUGCUGAACUUAUUUUCCACUCUUUCCAGACCAUAAAUGUUUUUUCAAGUUAAACAUUUUUAGAUCAUAACAUCAUAAAAUCUGCAUGUAUACACACACACACACACACACAUAUGCACGCACUCCUUGAAUAUACUGUGGUGUCUAUGUAGAAGCGCGGUGUGACAAUACCACUUUCACGGCUCUCCACUGUGUUAGACCUAGUUCUCUCUGCACUGUUCCUCCUCUUGUUCAACUGUUUCAAUUCACACUCACUUUUGUGCGUGUUUGUUUUAUUGCCUUUUGUGUUCAGCUGUCAUGCAACUGUUGAUUUAAAUGUGAUUUAUUCUGUCACGUACGGAAUCCGUGAGAGGAGUAAACGUGUCAAACGGUUUCUCCAAGGAGGUGCAGGGAGCUUUUUUAAAGACACCCAGACAAAAAUGUGUCACAAUUUAACCUCCAAAGAUCCCACACGCCCUCCCCUUUAAAACACAGAAACACAUAUUCCGUACCCACAGAGAAGGCCCCACCAGAUGCUACAUAACCUUGUUCCAACUUCUAACUAACCCAGUCCCAUGAUAGAUGUGAUGAAUCGUCAAACGUGUAUGCUAACGACUAGCUUCUUUCCUCUACUCCCUUUUGAUUGUAAUACACUGUCUGUACAUAGAGAUGAUCGCUCUCUCGCACACACACUCACACACACACCCCCACACACAGACAGAGACUCUAAUUACAGAACCUGCCUGUUGUUUUAUGCAUGAGAUAACCGAGAAGCAGUGGUACACUGCUCUGCAAUAAUAAAGCUGUUUAGAAUUCAAAGGGGAUGAGGGAAAGUCAUUUCUGAGGGACUGAGGGAUUUUCACUGUGUGUACAUUUCAGUUGGGUCCUUGUGCUGUGUCACAUAAUGUUGCUUUCCAUUACUCUCUUUCAGAAAGAGUAUUUCACAAUUAGUGUCACAACUUUUUAAGCCUGUUACUCGUUGUUUGUGAUACAACUGUCUGUUGUUGGUUAAAUGUAUGUUUCCUCCAUCGAUUGCAGGGUUGCUGACAUGCAAUCCGAACUCCGAACUCACUGAACAACAACAUCGAUGUAAAUAUAUGUCGAAAUGUGCAAGUCUGUAUCUUUGCUGUAACUUUCAGUGUAAAUAUAAGGACGAUUUUUGUAACACCGUGUAUAUUUGUAAGAUUUGUUACAGCGCCUUUAUUGCAUUAAGGAGAAGGCCUACCUGUGCCUGUCUGGCUCCCAAAUAUAAAUAAAUAUAUUUGUAGUUCGUCAA